UACAAGGAAGCUUCAAAGUCAGCUCAAAAAGUGGACGGUAAGGACUUCAUCCAAACAGACGUUCGCCCAAAAGCUGGAGACGUCAUCUUGGAUUUAGGCUGCGGUACAGGAGAGCUAUCUGCAUGCCUCGCUGAGUUGGUAGGACCCGAAGGGAAGGUUAUUGGUGUCGAUCCUGACAAGGAACGAAUUCAGUUGGCCAUGGAGACUCAAAUAGAGAAUCUCUCGUUUGUAGAAGGAAGUGCCUCAAGCUUUCCGGGGAUUGGCUCGGGUUCUUACGACAUUAUUUUCAGUAAUUUCGCCCUUCACUGGAUGACUAACAAACAACAAGUCUUCAACAACAUGUUUGAAAGUCUUAAGGCUGGAGGUAAAAUAUCCUUUCAGUACGUCUUUUGCCUGCCCCCAUUUGUGUUUAACGCCUACAAGGAGAUGAAUCCCGAAAACGCGGAGCGUAUUAGCCAGAAGUUUCAGUGCGAAUCGAAAAGUACGAUCGACAAGUAUUGUAAAUCAGCAGGAUUUAACAUUACCAAGAGUUUUGAGAAUUACAGCAAAGGUCUGGUGUUUGGAAACGUCGAGCGCCUUUUAAAAUGGCACUGGUCAACCACUCAUGGUUUGUUUGAUCUCUCUCUGGUCACUGAGGAACGUUUGCAAAAGUAUCUUGCUGCAUACCGUCGAAAUGACGGGACACUUUGUCUUGACUUUAGAGAAAAAGAGGACGAAUUGCAUAUGUGCCGAUUAAUAGCUUUCAAGCAGUAGGGUGAGGUCGGGAGUUCCAGUCUUCCAGUCAGCUGCACCUUAUCUCAGGAAUGCAUUACCUUCGGCAAUUCGCAACAUAAAGACAUUGGACACUUUUAAGACUGCUGUUAAAACUCAUUUUUUAAAUUUGGCUUUUAAACAGAUCUCAUUGUUGGCUUUUAUUGUAGAUUUUAAUGGUUUUUAAUACCUUUUAUUGUAGUUUUCAAUAGUUUCUUGCCCUUUAAUUUAGUCACCUUUAACAUAAAUUAAAUAUAACAAUAUUGUAAAGCGCAACCGAAUAUAUUCAUAUAGAGGUUUGCGCUAUGUAAAUGUAAAUUAUUAUUAUUAUUAUUAUUAUUAUUAUUGUCGCUAUUAUCACAGUCUUUGCUGGUGCUCUUUUUGUGCAUCAGCUGGGCGAAAACCAUGCACCUAGAGCGUCAGUCACUCAAGUCAAUCAUUCUGUUCAUACACUGAGCACCUUUCUGAGGAUUCGUGCAGAUCCCAGCAUGCAGAUCUUUUGAAUCUUUGUCAUAUUAGCUCUCUCUGAUACUUUCUUGAUGUUUUCUACGAUACCCUUCUUCACUGUACCAAGCGCACCAACAACCACAGGGAUCACUACGGUUUUCAUAUGCCACAUUCUCUGUAUUUCUAGUUCUAGGUCUUUGUACUUGCAUUUUUUUUCAGUUUCCUUCACCACCAACAACCACAGGGAUCACUACGGUUUUCAUAUGCCACAUUCUCUGUAUUUCUAGUUCUAGGUCUUUGUACUUGCAUUUUUUUUCAGUUUCUUCAGUGCGAUGUUUCCAUCUGAUGGAACAGUCAUAUCAAUGACUUUGCAGGUGGAAUUCACUGAAUCUUUAACGAUGAUAUCUGGUCUGUUCGCUGUUACAGUUCUAUCAGUAUUGACUGGCAUGUCCCACAUGAUGGUGAUGUUGUUAUCUUUAUUGUGUAUCACGGUCUCUGGUUAGUGUUCGUACCAUUUGUCUGUAAUCUCUAUAUCAUGAUCUUUACAUAUGCUCCAAUGAAGAUAUGCUGCAGCAUUAUUGUGCCUGGAGAUGUACUCUGUUUUGGCUAAUACCUCACAUCCAGAUACAAUAUGGUUUAUUAUUAUUAUUAUUAUUAUUGACUGUGAUUGUUUGAGACUGGUUGUCCAUUAAAAAUUUUCGUUGGGUAAUCCAAGUAAUUUUACUCUAAUUAGUUUUUCCUGUAAACUCGUAAACAACUUUGAGUUAAUGUUUUGAAAAGGCGGAACAAAUAAGUAUUGUAUUAUUACAUGAAGACUUUGAACGACAACUUGUGUAAUAUACGGUUGACCAGUUUUACUUUUUCAAGUAACGAUAGUGUGUGUCGGAAAUUUCUCGUUAUACAUACCGAUUCUUUGUAAUUUUUAUAUCUCCCUUACUAUUUUGUAUCUUUGGACACUAACUGGACUUUAGUGAAUUUUGGAAUUAAAGCUGAUUUUAUGAUUACGCAACAACCUUGAAGGAAAAUAUGAUAAUUUUCCUUACAACCAAUCGGAUUUUUACUUGUGUAAGAUUAAAUACUAACUGAUUAAGAUUAACAGCUGUCAAGUCCAGUGAGGAUAAAAGGAGCUACAACAGGCUUUUGUUCAUAGAGAGAUAGAACAAGCUAGUAUGAGAUUAAGUUGUCCUUUUAACAUUGGAGUUAGGUGAAUACAGAAUUUACUGAAUUGAUCCAAAUGAGAACGAGCUGGUGUCUUCCUUAUGUAGCCGACCCCCGUCGCGGUUGUGCUAUUACAACAUGGUCAAAAAAUCUAUCACUGAAACAAUCAAAAUCUUUAUUGCACUUCUUAUUCUUGAGAUAGCAGUAAGGUUUUUAUGUUCACUAAGAAAGCUCAGAGAAAUCGAAAUCAGAACAAGUGUUUGGGCGAAUUAAGUCUUACUAGUAAUUUUGGAUUCAAUUUUAAUAAAAGCGUACUUGAUCAUAUCCUCCUCUAUGCUGAUUUGCGCCAUAUAAUCCUGAUAUUAAUUAUUAUUAUUAUUAUUAUCAUUAUUAUUAUUAUUAUUAUUAUUUUGAUAAUGAUGAUGAUGAUGAUCAUAACAGUGAAAGCCCGAGGAAGGACAACGCAAGUUCGUUCCAAGCUACGAAAUUAAGCUGGUACAACCAUUUCAGUAAUUUAUUAUAACGGCAUUGUGAGUUUUGAUUUAUUACAAGCACUUUUAUAUUAGAGACCUUCAGGUUUUAAGACGAGGACGACUAUGACUACAAGAUUUACUCGCCUCAGUACUAAGUAGUGCGCGUGCGUGAAUAGCCGUCUUCAUUCCUACUACGGGUUUUUGCUAGAAUGUCGCAGUGGCAACAACAAAUUAUCAAAUGUUAGACGUUUUAUCAUUGUGCUCGGGAGAGGGCUCAACUUCCUUCAGGAAAAAUAACUGUGCCCACUUUUCGGUGAAAAAAAAAGUACAGAGAAAAAUGGCCAUAAAUCGACCAGCGGACCACAUAGGAAAGACGUAACACACAUUUUAAGGAAAGUAAGCCGUUUUUUGAAAUUGAAAUCCUUUCAUAUUCGUAAGUUACAGAAACGAUAGGUUUUUCCUCAUACGAAUCCUUAUAUUUCGAAUGUUACGCAACAAUGCCGAUGCUCAUAUUUCGAACUUGGGCUACCUGUGGUUUCAAGAGGUAGCUGAACCCAGUAUUCACAGGCUAGUAUCAGCCUACCGCUGCCGAGUUUAAUAAGAGAGAAUUAUUGGCUUACAUAUCCACCAAACAGCUAGGAUAAUGAAAGUACUGUUAAGUGCCAUGUGAGGCAAGCAGCUUUUGACGGACUGUAAGAUUUGCAAGACACUAUGGAAACAUUCUAAGCGAAUACUGCUUAGGUGGUAGGUACUGAUAAGGUUUUGUUUUACCAAGAGAAGCUCACUAUAGCUCUCAGCCCUCACGAUCUCGCUCGUGGAAUUCGUAAUAAUGCAUUGACGACUUUUCUGUUCUCGUUCAAGCGUCGCCUGGAGAGAAUAAUUCUCUCUUGUUCUCGCUUAAUCUGAAAUGAUCUUGUAUUUUCUUGCAUCAGAUAGGCCAAGCUCAAUGAAUCUAUUGACCUUUGUAACCUAAUCCCUGAGCAUCGUAAUGACAUUUCGCCAUAACGAAUAUGGGGUCUUGUAUAGGAAAAAAAUGUGUGAUUUUAUAAUAUGCUGUAAAUAGAGCUUUUAACGGUUUUUUUUCCAACUUUUGACAUGGACACGCUAGGGAAAACCCUUCGACACUACUGGAAAGACUGCCUUAAUAUUAGUAAAAUUGCCAAAUUUUUAAGUGACUUGUUGAAAACUAACGAGGAUACACCCUCUCAAAGUCACGAAAUUUUACGGACGUUUGUAUGGUGGGGGCACAAACUUGUCCCCCACCAUACAAGCGUCUGUAAAUUUUCGCAACUUUGCGGAGCUGUAUCUUCCUAACUUGUCCAUGACAAAAGUUGAAAAAACCAUGAAAAGAUCUAUUUGUGUGUCUUUUUGUAUUUUUUAUCGGUUUCGGGUCGAUUUGGGGCCAUUUCAUGACGUUUCAUUCCAACGGCUGUUACGCAUUGGGCCCCUUGAUUUGAGCCUGAAUCCCACCAACGAUUCAACAACAACAACAUUAACUUUAUUCGGGGGAAGGUAACUCUAUUGUUUUCCACGUAAGUUUCUUGACUCAUUCCGCCUGCCAGUAUGACGUCACAUAGUAACGGGCAAGAACCUCGGGUCGCUUGUGCAAAUUAUUAAGGGAUACGACAGUUAUUUGGAUGAGCGACGUCGAGGAAAAUCUAAGAAGCUAGCAAAUAUCACUAUAUAUCGCUUAUUUUAUCGAAUAUGUGUGAGCUUUGGUGUUGCUAUAAUCUGCUUGUGCAAACCGUUUUGAUAUUUUGUGUCCGUGAUUGUAUAAUUUUGUUAAUUUGUUUUGCGGGCCGUGUUGCGGGAUCGCCAUCUAUUUCACGGGACCGGCAAGGUCAUCAAAACUUAAAUCUUUUUUUUUUUUUUUUUUUUCUGUAGAAUUGGAGGUUCCAUUCACAGAUCGCAUGUUUUUUAUUUCAUCUCUUGUUUUGCUAAUAAAACGGGCCUAACUUCAUAUCAUUCCUUUCGAGUGUGGGCCUCUGUUGAUUAACCUGAGAUCAGGCUCUAUUUUCGUUUGGCUUUGAAAAUUGCAUUCCGGCGGGCAAGACAACCGUUAGAGAGAAUGUAUGAGAACCGCUCAAAUUGGGCCUGAUCUCAGGUUACUGUUGAUCUUCUACUUCUCCACCAAAUUCAGUAAAGCUUGUACGAUCGAUUAUCUACAUCGAGUGGGCCCGCGUAACCCGAAAUAACGCGAAAUAGCUCUGAAAUACGCGCUUAAGCUAAUUUUCCUCAAAUGCUGUAUAUUGGAAUUCAUGAUAAAUACAGCUCCACCAGCUUCAAACAGCGUCUAUGGCAGUGAAAAAUUGUUUUGAUAUGACAAAAUUUAUUUCUCAAAUCAUGCAUGUCACUGUGGUGCAGUGGUCAAGGAGUUGCUUGAACGUGCAGAUAAACUGGGUUCGACUCCCGGCGACGCUGUUUUCUGUUUCUUUGUACCGGUUUUUUUCCCUCUUUGGUCUCUUUUUUUAACACUAAUUUUACUAAAAGCUUAAAUAAUUAUAUAUGUUGAACCAAGUGCAUGACCAGCAGGUUCAGCAGUAAGAAUAAAGAAAAAAAGGCCAAAAGGAAGAAUAGUGUAAAAAAAAAAAAAAAAAAAAAAAAAAAAAUCGGUACAAAGAAACAGAAAACAGCGUCGCUGGGAGUCAACCCGGUUUGCCUGCACGCGCAAGCAACUGCUUGACCACUGCACCACAGUGACACACAUGAUUAGAAAAAUUAAAAGUCUGGAGUUUUAUUUUGGAAAGGGAAUUCAAAAGCUCUUGAUCUGCAUACUGGCCAAGCCUGCGACCAGAAAAAAACCAUAGGCUGUCAAGACAUGUCCCGCCUCUGAAACAGCUAACUUUUAGUUGACAUCAUGACAAACAACACAGUACACCAGUGACCCACUGGCGAGAUUUCAACUUUGCCUUUUGUUCAUCUUCUUAAUCAUCAAUAUUAUUACCCUAAAAUCUCCACUGGGUUUGCCAAAAAAAACAACCUUUUAUUGGUUUUCGGGAUUUAAUUACAGAAUUGCAGGUGUAUGCCCAAUACAGUAUUAAAAUGCGGUGAAGCAACAAGAUUCAGUGCUCACAUUCUCUCACAAAUACCUGUCAUUUAGCUUCCUCUUUCAACGCUACAGCGAAGCGAACUUUGAGAGGAAUGAUAUGGGGUUCCAUUAGCUCUGAAGAGCUGAAAAUACGCACAAUGUAAAGUAUAAUACUGCCUUUGAUGAACCUCCUAUUGCUGUGUACUGGCCCUCAAAAGUGUGACCGGUCGGUAUGAUUGCCCGUAAAAUUUGCUCGACGAUAGAAAGGAAUCUUUAAAAUUCAUUACACCACCGGACAUUUCAUUCCAAACAAGUACUUAAGUCUAGUUUUCUAUGACAAUAGAAACCUUAAAAUCUCCAAAUCCAAGAAUUUCCGUGAUAAAAUCGAAAUGUUUAUCCGUCUCUUCGAUUAACACUUUGCUCGCCAUUUUGAAAGUCACUGACGCGAGACGUGACGUCAUACUGGCAGGCGGACUGUACCACAGAUUUCCUUGGAGACCCCUCCCCCUCCUGACUUUAUUAUAUUGAACAGACAUAAUUACACCAAUAUGGGGAAUCUAGGAAACGGGCUUUUACAAGAUUCCCCUAUUGUUUACUAUUAUUAUUAUUUUAUAAUUAUUAUUAUUAUUUUUUAUCAGGUCUGGACGCCAUAUGCAGCAUAAUCUAACUAUAAAUCUAACUAUAAAUUAAUUUCAAUUUAUAAACUUGCACACCACUAAGCAUUCUCUGAACACUGUUGUGACAACAGAUACUUUUUUAAUUUCUUUUUUUUACCAUAUUGUGAUUUUGUGUUCUUUAAAUCUUCUGGUAUAGAGUUCCACAAAUUCGCUCUUUACAUUGUAUUGAAUAAUAGCCGUAGUUUGUUCUGUAAAACUGCUGAUGUAAAUUAUUGGAAUCGGGAAGACAGGUUUCAGAGAAAAGGAAUCUAUACUGAGUGCCAGAGACUUUUCUAGCGCGGUUUCCGGUUCCUGUCAAAUCUUUAUAGCGACCCGCGCGAAAAGCGACAGUUUUCCUUGCGGCUUCGGCCAACACCGAAAAUUCCCGCCGCACUUUAGAAAAACUUCUGGUAACCAGAGUAAAAGGAAUCCGGAAAACGGGUUAGAACUCAAGCCCUGUCUUAGAUAACCUUACAUUUGGCGAAUUAAGACCUAAGCCGAACGCCGAACUUUUCAUGAGACGAAUCGAAGGCUAAAACACCACACGGGUACAUGCUGGUAACAAAAGGGUAACAUACGAGUAACAAACAAGUAACACACGGAUACAUACGGUUACAUGCGAGUACCUAGGAAUAACAUAUGGACAACAUACGGGUAACAUUUUUAGUCGUUAUCGACCUCGAAAUUGAAAGCUGUAUACUGUUGUGAGUAAAUAGCUGCGGGAACAUAAUUCGGUCAAGUGACUAAGUACCUUGAGGAGUUUGUACAUUGGCUUUGGGGCUCGAUCGCAGACCAUGUUAACCUGACAUCCUCCCCACCAACUCCGGCAAGUAUUGAAAGUGAUCAUGAACGUUUUCUUGGCUUUUCACGAUGGCAUGAGCCAGUCACGCCUAAAAACGAAAAGUCGCACUACUGUGGACUCCUGCUGUGGGCAAAUGACAUAAAGUUACAUUUUAAGAAACUGUUAAAAACUGUUAUAAAUGAAUAUUUUAAUGGUUUGCUUAAGUUACAUUUUUCAAAAUUUCUAAAACUGAAAGACAUUCGUGUGUAUCCGUAUGUUACCCGUAUAAUACUCGUAUGCCUCCGUAUGUUAGUUGUAUGUAUGUGUGUUACCCGUGUGUUACUCGUGUGUAUCCGGAGACGAUCGUCACACGUUUUAUCCGUCUGAAGCAGACAGAUAGAGCGUGUUGGACGAUCCAAACUCAUUCAGACGAAUUUAAUUCAGCUAGACGUCGAACGUUUCAUGGAUCGAUUAAACUCACUAAGUUUUGUUCGUCUCAUAAAAAGUUCGACGUUUGGCCUAGGCCUAUGCCAUCUCGCGAUGUUUAACCACUAAAAUUUAUUUUCCAGGAUGUGGUUCGAUCAAUUUACGACUUCAAAUAAAUCAUACGGCAAAACAACUUAUACAGUAUAAAUGGCAGAAUCCUUCGGUAGCAGUGCAGCUGAGAGUUACAAACAAGCCUCGUUUUCCGCGCAAAAAAGGAUCGGUGAGGAUUUCAUCCAAAGAGAUGUUUGUCCUCAAGUCGGGGAUGUAAUCUUGGAUUUAGGCUGCGGUACAGGAGAGCUGUCUGCAUACCUCGCUGAGUUGGUAGGAGCCGAAGGAAAGGUCAUUGCUGUAGAUCCUGACAAGGAACGAAUUCAGCUGGCCCGGCAAUCGCAUGGUUAUAUGAAAAAUUUAUCAUUUGCAGAGGGAAGCUCCACAAACUUUCUCAGAAUGGGUUCAAAUGCAUACGACAUUGUUUUCUGCAAUUUUGCUCUUCACUGGAUGCCCGAAAAACAACAAGUCUUCAACGACAUGUUUUCAAGUCUUAAAGUUGGUGGGAAGAUAGCCUUAUACUACAAUGACCAUAUACCCACGUUUAUGAUGGAUGCGUUCAAAGAACUCAAUCUUGAAAAGGUAGAGAGCAUCUCCCAGAUGUAUCAUAUGGAACCGAAAUGCAGGAUCGAGCAGUAUUGUUUAUCCGCAGGCUUCAAAAUUAUGAAGAGUUACGAGUCUUACAGCGGACAAUUUGCCUUCGAAACCGACGAAAGCUUUCUGAAUUGGCUUUGGUCGACAACGCACGGGGUGUUUGAUCUAUCGCUUGUAACGGAGGAGCGUUUGCAAAGGUAUUCAGCAUUGUGUGGAUCC